UGAAUGUUAAAUUUUCAUCAUGACAUUAUGGAAAAUAAUUAACUUUAUCACAAUAUGCUAAUAUUUUGAGAAGGACCUGUACAUCAAAAUCUAAUUUACAAUUGCUAUGUGAAACAAGGGUGAAGUAUUCUUAGAGCUGAGAGCUGAAAGAGAGAUGAGAAGUAAUGCUGUAGUUUAGAGAAAGAAGACAUGAAAGCUAAUGGAAAUAAAUAUUUUAGGUGAUUUUGUAAUCUUAAUAAAGGGAAAUGAUAAUGUCAUAAAGUUGACAUUAAACAGGAAAUUCAGUUUUGCCUCUCACUCCAAGAAGACUGCCUUCUAAAAGUCCUACCACAGCCCCUUUAUCCAAGCAAGACGAAAGUCUGGAUGGCAUUUAAAGUUUUUAAUCCUUACAGAGCAUGUAGGCCUGUUAAAACCCCCACAAAGUAGAUCCUUUCAUCAAAAUGAAAAGCGGAAAGAGGAGAGAUGAGGAAUCCAGUCCAUUUAAAGGUAAAUGUUUCCCUAAAAAUGACCUCUUUCAUGUUGACGUUGUAAACAUUUGGACAGAAUGGACAAAAUCACUAAAUUGCGUUUUAGACAAGAGAAUAAAAUCAAAAUAUCCAAAAUACCAACCAAAUGCAGUAUUUGGGGAAUGGAAUGACUCUGUAGAGUGGUAUGUCUGGGAAAGCUACGGGUUAAUUUAAGACUAGGAGCAAAACCUGUUGCCAAUUAGAAGCAGUGAGCACCACAUGUGGACUAGACCCAGAUAGAAGCCAGAAGCCGCGCUGUGCGCAAUGGAGACAAACUGAAUAAGUGCAGUAAAGUUGAGUUAUGUACGUAUUUGAGGAGAAAGAUUUUUUUUCCAUCACAGAGAUGAUCAAACAUAAUCCAUAUAUUUGAUAAACGGACGCCUGAAAAUUUGGGCCACCAUCCCCAAGUGGCCUCUGUACAUGUUCCCCCCCGGAAAGAUUGCAACAUGAAGACUGCCUGGGCGACUUUUGUGCUUCUGUCCAUUUCUGUACUCUGCUCAGGGAGCGGAUCUGAAGUUUGUCGGGGGACGCGCUGCUUCUCUGGCCAGGACUGGAGCAGACGGUGCAUCGGAGCGCACUGCCAGGGGCGUACUGAGGCGUCCGCUCCCCAACGGCAGCUACAUAACCCUGCACAAUCUAGGACGGGACAGGUUUAUCCAAGCUACCAGCAGGACGCUCAGUUCCGUCAGCACCAAGCUCAGAGCAUCCAAGUAUCAUCCUACAGCAACGUCCAGUCUCAGCACAGAGGCACUGAUGGCACUAGAAGGACGAACCCAAGGACUAUCACGGCAGAGGUGUUUCAUCCUGGCUGCAGUGGUGGGUCUUGUUCAACCACAGUUUCUCAUCGACCCACGAAUGAUGACAGCGCCUCGCGAGAGUGCAAAGGUACUGGAUGCAGAGUGUCUCCGCAGAUGAGCCAAAAGCAGCAGCCAUGCGUCGGGGAGAGCUGCAGGGUGCACAAUGGGAACGACGGGAGACGAAACUCUGCUCCCGUUCAUGUGAUGGACAGAGCGGCGCAGUUCCUCGGCGAGCGCCCAGACUUUGGUUUGGAUCGUGGAUCUUGGAUACAGCUGGCAUGUGACAUGAAGCCAGUGUCCAACGAAGUUCCAUCAGAGGACGCUCUUGUCCUGCAGCUGCAGCUAUCCAAGAGCCAGGACAGGUUCGUUGAGGCCCUCAAGAGCCAGCAGAGUGACGUCAAGGAACUGCAGAGGCUUCUCAGUGAACAGCAGGGGGCGCUUGUUAACCAACAGAGGGAAAUACUAGAGCAACAGAGGAGGAUGUAUGAGCAGAUGGAGCAAGUAAAAGCCCAGUACAGAAUUCUGAUGGACACUAUCAAACAGACGUCUUUCCAGAGUCUUCAGGAGGAGCUGGACAGUCACAUGGAAACCUUGAGUGGGCAGGUUAGAGGCCAUCGCACACAGCAAGCUCUGUCAUUGCACAAAGUGGACAUGGAGGCCAGUGUAAUGGAGGUGGGACAGCCCCAGCUGGCCUGUGGGAGCUGUGGUCCUGAGGAGUACUGCAGCUACAGCAGCAGCCAUCCUCACUGUGAAAAGUGCACAGUUUGCCCACCUGGCUUCUUCCUGGUUGCUCAAUGUUCUGUCCAUGCCGACAGGAUCUGCCAGGACCGAGAUGAAUGUCUUGAAAUAUCAGACUUGUGCAGAGAUAAACAGAAGUGUAUUAACACUCCAGGUGGAUUCAGGUGCCAGGGCAUGACAGUACGUGAUGCCAACUCUGGAAUGUGCGGCCAUGGCUAUUUUUACAACUCUGAGAUGGAUGAGUGUCAGGCCUGCAACGAGUGUGAUGGGGAACCUGUUGUUUCUCCUUGCACCUUUGUCUCGGACACCGUCUGCUCUGGCCCUGCUGCUGAUGUUGCUGCAUUGUCUCUCUCCUGGUCUGGAGACAUGAGCCUGCAGGAUCCAAAAGGCCAGAUCCUGGUUCACGCCUUCCCCAGCGUGCAGUUUCAAAUCCAGGGAAGAGAUGAUGUGUCUCUGGUUUCAGCUGAGAAUGGUCACCUGGUACUGAGGCAGCACGGUUUGAUCUGGCUCGAUGGUGUUCUGUCCCUUAGUCAUGGCUGUCGCAGCUUCAUCCAGGUCUGCCUGCAUAUAAACCACACAGAUGGCUCUGAGGGUCGCGACCUGAGUGGCAUCCGAGUGGAGCACAGGGAACGGAGGUCUCUUCAAAGUGUCAGCAUCAGUGGGGUUGCAGAAGUUGCCCCGGGGCACAUUAUGUCCCUCUUUCUGCGGAGUGCCAGCCAUCACUGUAACCAAAGCAAUGAAGGUCUGCAGCUUUAUGACACCUCUGCAGCUAUGCUCAGCCUCUUCUGGCUCUCUCAUGACACUGGGGCUGUUGCCAUGACUGCACAGGCCAUAGUUUCUGCACAUUACCACACAAACUACCGCCCGGCCUUCCGCAUUGCCUCCACCUCUGACCCUUACAUAGUGGGUCUGACUCAUGACAGUCGAGGAAUACGUUUUACAGAGAGUGGAACAGUGCGUUUUGUGUUCCAGCAGGCAUUGUAUUCUAUGGGCCAAGCUUGUGUAAGUGAAGGGUUUCAGCUUGUGGCAUAUCUCAACAAAAAUGGAACUUCCAUGGAGAUGCUUCGCGUCUUCAAACCAGGAGUUCACUACCGAGACACAUCUAUAUCGCUGUCUGGAGCCACGACAGUCAGCCCCGGGGAUGCAAUUAGCUUUGAGAUCCUCUCCCCCGCUCAGUGCAAUGUACGUUUCUUUGGCGAUGAGACUGCCAUCAGUCUUCUGAGUCUGUUUUGGGUCCCUGCUGCCAUCUCUUCCUCCAUCACUGCUGCUGUUGCAAGCACUGGCCUUCCAUCAGGAGCAGUUCGAAACAAGCCUCUGUUCUUCCACCAGACCAGCUCCCAGGUGCCCCAAAUGGGGCUGCUGGGGAAAGGAUCGCCAAGACAGCGAAAGGACUUUGUCUUCAGGGAGAGUGGCACAGUCAGUGUGGCUUUGGACCUCAAACUCAUUCACUCCUGCAGCUUGGUCAAGGUGACUCUGCUGAGGCAAAGUGAUUCUGAAGGCAGUCAUGAAGCAGACAGGCUGCAGCCUGUACCUAUAGCUCAGCAGGUAAUGGGUCAAAUGCUGGAGGGUAGUCAGUGGGCCAGCAUGAGUCUUCGAGCAUCCUUUCAGGUUUAUAACGGCACCUCUGUCUUUUUCAUUCUAGACUGUGUACGUGGACGAGUCAAUCAGAUUAGUCACCAAACAGGAAGUGGGGUGUCAGCUCUCUGGGUGCCAGCAUGAUAAAACAGCCAGAAAGGGCAAUACUUACCUUUAAUAUUUCUUCCUAUAUGAGUUAGUCCCAACAAUAAAACCACUGACAUUUAUCAUACUACAAUGCAGUGUUCUGUGAGGUAGCACAUGUUGCUGACUUUCAUUUAAAUGGUACC